CGCACCCAAGACCAAUGGACGCGUUCGCGGGCUCCAGCCUCAAGAGGAAGUUCGAGGAGGUGGACGCGGGCUCGUCUCUGUCCAACUCGGACGAUGAGAUCUCCAGCAGCGACAGCGCCGACAGCUGCGACAGCCUCAACCCACCCAGCACCACCGGCCUCACACCCACGUCCAUCCUGAAGCGCAAACAGCAGCAGCUGCGUCGGAAGAGCGUCCGCUUCGACCAGGUGACGGUGUACUACUUCGCCCGGCGCCAGGGCUUCACCAGCGUGCCCAGCCAGGGCGGCAGCUCCCUGGGCAUGGCCCAGCGCCACAACUCGGUGCGCAGCUACACCCUGGGCGAGUUUGCCCAGGAGCAGGAGGUGAACCACCGCCAGGUUCUCCGCGACCACCUCAAGGAGGAGAAGCUGCACGCCAAGAAGAUGAAGCUGACCAAGAACGGGACGGUGGAGUCGGUGGAGGCCGAGGGGCUGACGCUGGACGACGUGUCGGACGAGGACCUGGACGUGGAGAGCGUGGAGGUGGACGACUACUUCUUCCUGCAGCCGCUGCCCACCAAGCGGCGCCGGGCCCUGCUGCGCGCCGCCGGCGUCCACCGCAUCGACGCCGACGAGAAGCGGGAGCUGCGGGCCAUCCGCCUCUCGCGGGAGGAGUGCGGCUGCGACUGCCGCCUCUACUGCGACCCCGAGGCCUGCGCCUGCAGCCAGGCCGGGAUCAAGUGCCAGGUGGAUCGCAUGUCGUUCCCGUGCGGCUGCUCCCGGGACGGCUGCGGGAACGCGGCCGGCCGCAUCGAGUUCAACCCGCUGCGGGUGCGGACGCACUACCUGCACACCAUCAUGAAGCUGGAGCUGGAGAGCAAGCGGCAGGUGGGCCGGGCGCCGCCGCCGCCGCCGCCACCUCCGCCGGCCCCGGCCCCCGCCGGCCCGCCGGGCGCCGAGACACAGGACUUCCAGGAGUUCCUCGCCGAGAACGAGACGGCCGUGCUGCACCUGCAGAGCGCCGAGGAGCGCGAGCGGCUCCAGGCCGGCGACCCCGGGGCGGCCGGCCCGGCCUCCGUCUGCCUCCUGGAGGAGGAGCCCCCGUGCCCCGGCCUGGCCGCCCCCCUCCUCAUCCGGGCCCGCCUCCCGCCCGGCUCCCCGCUGCUCUGCUUCGCCGCCGAGGGGCCGCCCGCCGGGCCCGCGGACCCCGCGCACCCCGCGCUGGGGGGCGGCGGGGGCCCCGUGCUCUACUACCAGCUGGAGCCGCGGCCGGCCGGGGACGGGGCCCCGGACAAGGGGCUGGGCGUCUUCGCCCUCCCCGUGCCCGAGGGGGCGGCCGGCCCGGAGACUCCGCCGCCCGCCGAGGCCGAGGCGGGCGGCCCUCGCCCGCCCUGGGCCCCGGGCCCGGACAGCGCCGGGGGCGGCCCCCGCGAGGAGCCCCCGCUCCACCCCACGCUGGCCGUCUGACCCCGCCCCGCGAUCUCUAUUUAUUCCCACGUCUGACGGAAGGCAGGGCCCCAGCGCCGCCCGGAUGGACCACCUGCCCGGGCGGGGUGCCGUCCCCGGUCGGACGGCCCCGGCCCGGAGCGAGGAGGGGCCGUGCCCUCCCGCCGCCUCGGUCUCCGGACGUCAUGCGGGUGAUGCCCGGCUCCCGUGUGGUCACUUGUCCUCACGUUACGCGGAGGGAGGGGGCCUCCGGCCCCCGCCCCUCUCUCUGCCGGGGCCGGGGGGCCCUCUCCGCUCCCCACGGGUGCCCCCCGGCACAGCCGUCUGCCGCCGCGCCAGCGGGUCCCGGCUCAGGCCGCGUGCAAUCCUUUCCCCGAGCACUUUGUGACUGCCACCGUGAAGGGCGGGCCCGCUCGGGCCCUCUGGCCCCUGGGGCUCCCGGGCGGAGCAGAGCCGUCUUUCCCCUCAACGCGGCCCCUUGCCCUCCUAAGGCGGUGGCCCGCCGGAGUAGAGGAGGGGUCGUCCUCGUCCCUAUGAGGGGUGCCGUCCGAGGGGCCCGGCCUCCCCCAAACCCCCCGCGCUUCUGCUGUGAACGUCUCUGGGGGGACGGCGACGGGGACGGGGGCGGCGGCCGAGACCCCCACACCCCGUCGACCGUAUUCUCAAUGUGAAUCCAAAGCUUGUCUGGUUCGCCUCAAUUCCAUCCACGCGUCCUCUCCAGGGUUUUGGGUUUUUUUGGGGUUUUUUUUUUUUGGCCUUUUCGGUUCACUACAUUGUGAUAACGCUGUAUUUAAAGAAAAUAUUUAAAUGUCAAAUUAAAACACGUGCUCCGAG